UAUCAUCCAGCAAGGGAGUUGGGGCGAGAAUUUAUGAACCACGAGGUUACGAGACGAGGACCGCAUGGAGGUUGAAGGCAGUGCUGCUAGCCAGGAGUUAACGAAAAAGCGACAAAGAAUUGAGGCAGAAAAUAAUCAGACAAUUAAAAAGAUGAAGCCCGAAGAAAAGGAAGCAAUUUCUACAUUGAAUGCUAAUGGAGACAUCAGCUGCAAAUCUAAAGAAGAACCAGAGGUGUCUGCAGAAGAAAUGACUAGCAAGGACUAUUACUUUGAUUCUUAUGCGCAUUUUGGAAUUCAUGAGGAAAUGUUGAAAGAUGAAGUGAGAACAUUAACCUACCGCAACUCAAUGUACCACAACAAGCAUUUGUUUAAAGACAAAGUUGUUUUGGAUGUUGGUUGUGGAACAGGCAUUCUUUGCAUGUUUGCUGCCAAAGCUGGUGCCAAACAAGUAAUUGGGGUGGAUUGCUCUUCAAUAAUUGAUCAUGCAACACUUAUUGUGAAGGAAAAUAAUCUUGAUCAUAAGGUGACAUUGAUAAAAGGAAAGAUAGAGGAAGUAGUCCUUCCAGUGGAAAAAGUUGACAUAAUCAUCAGCGAAUGGAUGGGAUAUUGUUUGUUUUAUGAAUCCAUGCUGGACACUGUGUUAUUUGCAAGAGACAAAUGGCUUGCACCUGAUGGUAUGCUGUUUCCAGAUAAAGCAAAACUGUAUGUUUGUGCCAUUGAGGAUAGAGAUUACAAAGAAGAGAAGAUCGACUGGUGGGAUAAUGUUUAUGGUUUUGAUAUGAGUGCCAUUCGCAGAGUUGCUAUUUCCGAGCCUCUGGUUGAUGUUGUUGACCCAAAGCAAGUGGCAAGCAAUCAUGGACUAAUUAAGGAAGUAAGCAUCGAUACCCAGCAGCAAGAGGACAUCAACUUCACUGCUCCAUUCGAAGUCACGUGCAAGAGAAACGACUAUGUUCACGCGCUGGUCACAUUCUUUAGCAUUGAAUUCUCAAAGUGCCACAGUCGUGUUGGGUUUUCAACUGCUCCAGAAAGCAGGUACACGCAUUGGAAGCAAACUGUAUUUUAUCUUGAGGAAUAUUUGACAGUCAAGGCUGGUGAGAAGAUAACUGGCUCCAUUACGAUGAAGCAGAAUGCAAGGAACAAGCGUGACUUGGAUUUCACAAUCACCGUCGACUUUGACGGCGAGCUGUCAAGUUACCACAAGACAUCCAACUACAGGAUGCGUUAAAACCAGGCACCACAACGAGACAUGGUCAGAAUUCUGUCCAAACUUCAGGUGUAAACGGAGGCAGCGUGGAGAUGUCAUCCAUUUUGGAAACACACUAACCAUCACAUCAUUUCUUCUUCCUUUUUUAACCCAACAUCACACAUCUGUCCAGAUUUGGGUCUUUUUCGGUACCGUCCUGGCAACACAUCUUAAUUUUUGUUUGUUUUGUCUUGUGGCCUUCAACCAUCUGACGUUGUCUGUAAUCCUUUAGCUGUUUGUCAAAAUUAGAUUUUCUUAAGGAUACUCCCCGUGAUAUGAAUAUUAAUUUAGGCAUUCCCAAUUCUUAGGCUGUAGACGGUCCACACAGGUCAUUUGAUUCUCUCCGGGCUGAUAUGGAUAAUUCUUUAGUACAGUAUAUAAAUAUAGUUAAUUCGUUCUUGCACGGAACACAGAUUGGUUAACUGUAUUCUUUAGCUUCAAGAUUUGUUUUUAGUCUAGCUUUACUGACCGUUUUUCCAAAACUGUCUUGCCGUUAUUCUGUUGCAAACAAACUCGUCGAGUCGAUAAAAAUACCAUUUACAAUACAAAUAUACAAAUACAAAAACUUGAACAUAGGCCAAACUUGCAACGAAUCGUUUACCUAAGAAAGUUCAAGAGUGGGUUUGAAUUUGAGUCAGUCUUUGCUUGUGUCACUAUAGUCCUAUUCUUCGUCUUGUGUUAUCGUAUACAGAUAUACUGAAACUUCGUUUUAGUGAUUCUUGUUAUAUGCACCAUCAAAUUGGGUAUUGGUCAUUUCCGUAGGUUUUUAUUUCUUUACUGAACGAAUUUUGCAAUUAACUCUUGGAAGAGAUAGAUUUUGUGGUGUUUCUUCCUCCCUAUUAUGGUAUUAUUUCAUUUAGACUUAACCAUCAAUUAUUCUGAUUACAAAAUCUCAAUACACAAGUUGAA